AUGCACUUACCUACUGCACUUCUUGAACCAAUUGAAGUUAAUGAAGGUAUAAAUGAGCUUGAUAAAGAUAUUGUUGUGACUGGUACUAAAAGUAAUGAUGAUAAUGUACCUCAUACAUUAGAGGAUUUUGGUAUUGAUUUGCAAGGAGUUAAUGUGAAUGCUAUUGAACAUGACAAUAAUAGGAAUAAAGGAGUUUAUGAAGUGAAUGCAAUUGAUGGCUAUAGUAGUGAUGUCGGCAGUGAUUCAAGUGUGGAUUAUGAAGAUAGGUUGGUGGAUGUGAAUUGGGUUACUGAUGAAGAUACAAAUGCAAAUGACGAACUGGAAGUUGCUAGGGAAACUUUGAGAGAGUAUGUUAAGAGGAAAAAACAAUUAUGUAUUAAUAAAGGUCAUGAUGGUUUAGAUGAUGAUGAUUAUGAUGAUGAUAGACUUAUUGUGCCUGUUAAGGAUGUACAAAAUAAUGGUCAAACUUCUAGGCCUAACUUUGAUACCAACAAGGUGGAUGGGUACAUAAGUGAGUAUUUUGAUUCAUCAGACCCUGGGAGUUUUAUAGAAACUAGUGAUAACUCUGAUGAAGAUGAUGCACAAAGAGUGAAGUCUAGUGAUAAAUAUUACAACCCAAUGGUCCCUUUUAAUGAUUUUGUGGUUGGACUUAGGUUUGAAAACCUUAAAGUUUUAAAAAAUGUUCUUUCUGAGUUGUCAACAAGAAAAAGAUUUGAAUUUAAGUUCUUAAAGAAUGAUAAACAAAGGGUAAGAGCUACAUGCGCUGCAAAGAACUACAAGUGGACUAUUCUUUGCUCAUGGUGUGCUACUAACAAGAUAUACAUGGUGAAAACAUAUGAAUUUGAGCACUCAUACUUGCUUAUAACAAAGAAUAAAAGGGGGACAGCUUUAGUGAUUGCAAGAAAGUAUGGUGAAGAGAUUACUGCUAUGCCUUUCAUUAAGCCUAGGCAUCUGAGGGCACUAGUGAGGAAGGAUUUAAGAGUUAGGGUGUCAUUUAAUGUGUGCAGAGCACCCAAGCUUGAGGUGAUUAAAAAAAUUGAAGAGAAGUACAAGGAGGAAUAUCUUGUUUUGAAUGACUAUGUUGAGGAGUUGAAAUUGACAAAUCCUGGAAGUACUAUUUUUGUCACAUCCCACAAGCCUACACCUGAUUCGAUGCCUGUUUUUGAGAAAAUUUAUAUAUGUUUUGGAGCUCUAAAACAAGGUUUUUUGGGGGGAUGCAGACACAUUAUUGGACUUGAUGGAUGUUUUUUGAAAAGGUUAAUUCAAGGUCAAUUACUUGUGGCUGUAGAAAGGGAUGGGAACAAUCAAAUGUUCCCACUUGCUUGGGCAAUGGUGCAAAAUGAGAAUACUAACAGUUAG